AUUUGUUCGAUGGGCACAAUGAUAACACCCACACAGAUCAUGCAAACGUUUUGACUUGUUCGCUGCUCGCAAUUCGGAUCAUAUGAUGACUUUUGAAAGAGUACGUACGAUAAACGUGUCACAUUCAGUUAAGUACAAAGGAGUAUGUACCAAACGAAACUGUUUAGACCCCGUGAGGACUCACACCUUGGCUGUGAAAAAGGACAUAAACACGCUAAAUGAUACAGUUACAAAGUACCUGCAGUUAAGCGAUGACAUGGAGGUUCGGUGUCUAAGACUGUGGAGACGAGAAGACCAGCGGGGAGAUAUCAUUGGACAACACAAGGUCUGGUUGAAAAUUCAAGGUUUAAAGUGUUUGGAACAACCUGCAGGUAACAGAGCCCAUAAACGAAGCAUUUGAAGACGGUGGAGAUGAACUGACAGGAUAUGUCACUUAUGACGACAUGAACCCUCUACCAGCCACUCCUUACGUUUAUUCUUUAUGAUCUGUUGGAAAAGUCCAACUUGAUUCAGUUAAGACCGAGCAUCAACUUAGGCAACACCUCCAGGAAGUCAGAUACCUCUUCAAUUCGCGCUGCUAAAAAGGGGACCUUGAUUGGAUAACUAUGGCUGACAACAUUUCGCUGACAAGAAUGAGGAAAAUGCAACAGCAGGUUGAAGGUCAAGUGGAAGACCGAGUCAACCCAGGCAGAGGUAAAUCAUCGAGCCAAAGGCAGCGUUACAGAAACAUUGUACACUUGUGGGAGUUCCUAUUGGAACUUCUAGCAUACGGCCACCAAAGUUCAUCGAUAAUAGCCUGGACUCGAAAGGAACGUGGAGAGUUUGUGCUGAGAAAUCCAGAGGAAGUGGCAAAACUGUGGGGUGCCUAUAAAAAUGUACAUGAAAUGACUUACGCGAAACUCAGUCGAGCGUUGCGAUAUUAUUAUCAGAAGGGAAUCAUUAAAAAGGUUGCUGGCUUAAGACUGUGCUACCAGUUUGGAAAAUUGCCUUAUAACUACGAACCUGGUGUCACAAGGUCUCGCUAUCAUGGAUACAGACUCAAUGAAUGUAUCCAAAAAAAACUCAGAACAAAAGAGCUUGCGUCUUUCCAAUCUGUAAUUCACGGCUGUUACUUAUCGUCAUCUUGUGCUCCCAUUAUAAGAUGCUUCUGCCAGACACCAAGACCCACGCCUCCUCGUCCAAAGAUGUGGUUUCCAGAUCCCCUAUCUUCCCUGCUGCCUUUUCCUGAAGUCAUGUUUCCGACCAGUGUCGAUGCAAUGAAGCCGUUCUUUUCCCCUUCUGGUCACAACCCUUUUUAUAGGAACAUGAUGAAUUCAACGUAGCCAAUUUUUUGGUAGAAAAAGGUGUUCGCUUCAUUUUCCCAAUCGUGUUUCCUCUUUUAGCAGAACCGCUACAAACUUGCUGCGUUUUAUUUGUCAACAGUGUAAUAGAAAUAAUAAUAAAAAAAAUGUGAACCUCUUUAUAA